CUACUCUCCAUCACCAUGUCUGUUCGAUACAGCUCCAGCAAGCAAUUCUCUUCCUCCCGCAGUGGAGGAGGAGGUGGUGGAGGAUCAUCCCUCAGAAUUUCCAGCAGCAAAAGCUCCCAUGGUGGAGGGUUUAGCUCAGGGGGGUUCAGCGGUGGCUCUUUUAGCCGAGGAAGCUCUGGUGGAGGUUGCUUUGGGGGCUCAUCAGGUGGCUAUGGAGGCUUUGGAGGAGGCAGCUUUGGGGGAGGCUAUGGAGGAAGCAACUUUGUCGGAAGCUACGGAGGAGGCAGCUAUGGAGGAGGCAGCUUUGGAGGUGGCAGCUUUGGAGGGGGCAGCUUCGGUGGAGGUGGCUUCGGUGGAGGCUUUGGUGGUGGAUAUGGAGGAGAUGGUGGUGGCCUUCUCUCUGGAAAUGAAAAGGUAACCAUGCAGAACCUGAACGACCGUCUGGCUUCCUACAUGGACAAAGUCCGGGCUCUGGAAGAGUCAAACUAUGAGCUGGAAGGUAAAAUCAAAGAAUGGUAUGAUAAGCAUGGCAACUCCAGCCAGCGAGAGCCCCGGGACUACAGCAAAUACUACCAAACCAUUGAAGACCUUAAGAACCAGAUCCUCACCCUGACAACGGACAACGCCAAUGUCCUGCUGCAGAUCGACAAUGCCAGACUGGCAGCUGAUGACUUCAGACUGAAAUAUGAGAAUGAGGUAGCCCUUCGACAGAGUGUGGAAGCUGACAUCAAUGGCCUGCGCAGGGUACUGGAUGAGCUGACCCUUAGCAAGGCUGACCUAGAGAUGCAGAUUGAGAGUGUGACUGAAGAGCUGGCUUACCUGAAGAAGAACCAUGAAGAGGAAAUGAGAGACCUUCAGAAUGUGUCCACUGGUGAUGUGAACGUGGAAAUGAAUGCUGCUCCAGGAGUUGACCUGACUCAAAUGCUGGACAACAUGAGAAACCAGUAUGAACAACUUGCAGAAAAGAACCGCAAGGAUGUGGAAGCCUGGUUCAAUGAGAAGAGCAAGGAACUCACCACAGAAAUUGACAGCAACAUUGAACAAAUGUCCAGCCAUAAGAGUGAAAUUACUGAACUGAGACGCACUGUUCAGGGUCUGGAGAUCGAGCUACAGUCCCAACUGGCUCUGAAACAAUCGCUGGAAGCCUCCCUGGCAGAAACAGAAGGUCGCUACUGCGUGCAGCUCUCCCAGAUCCAAAGCCAGAUCUCCGCCCUGGAGGAACAGCUGCAACAGAUUCGGGCUGAGACCGAGUGCCAGAACGCCGAGUACCAACAACUCCUAGACAUUAAGACCAGACUGGAGAACGAGAUCCAAACCUACCGCAGCCUGCUAGAAGGAGAAGGAAGUUCCGGAGGCGGAUCCUACGGCGGCGGACGCGGCGGCGGCAGCCACGGCGGCAGCUACGGCGGCGGAAGUUCCGGUGGCAGCCACGGAGGCAGUUCCGGUGGCGGCUACGGCGGCGGAAGUUCCAGCGGAGGUGGUCACGGCGGCAGUUCCGGCGGUGGCUACGGCGGCGGAAGUUCCAGCGGAGGUGGUCACGGCGGCAGUUCCGGCGGUGGCUACGGCGGCGGAAGUUCCGGCGGAGGCCAGAGCGGAAGCGGAGGGUUCAAGUCUUCUUCUUCCGGGUCUGGUGGCGACCAGUCGUCUAAAGGACCAAGGUCAGCAGAAACUAACUGGGAUACUAACAAAACCAGAGUGAUCAAGACGAUUAUUGAGGAGGUGACACCCAAUGGUCGAGUCCUUUCGUCUAUGAUUGAAUCAGAAACCAAGAAACACUUCUACUAAGCUGCAUAAAGAAGAGUCUCUUCACACAGACCACUGCACAGAUGUGUGGAAAACAAGAUGUCCAAGAAAGCACUUCUGUCUUAAUGGUCUAUAAAAAUAGGUUCACUCCUUGAAAAUAAGGGUCUAAAAGGUGUUUUGUGGUUUCUGUAUUUCUUCUUUUCACUUAUCACAAAGUGUUCUUUUGUGGAGAAAAAAAAAAAGAAAAGAAAACUUUCUCAUUUACUAAUGAUUUUCUCAUUUACUAAUGGAUUUCAAUAAACUUUCUUACUGAUGCAAACUA